AUGUAUGGAAACAGACAAUUGGCGUAUGCGCCUACGCCAUAUGUCCCGCGGUCGGCUCUGUCUGCAACGAUCAAUCUUGAUGAAGAAGUCAAGUUAGCCACCACCAGCUCUGAGCGCGAUUUAUACGAUUCUCUAGCCGAAAUAUACAGCAUAAUCAUCACUCUAGAUGCUCUCGAGAAAGGAUAUCUCAAAGACUCGAUCCCCGAAGGUGACUACACCGAGACCUGCAGUCGACUCUUGAAGCAAUACAAGUCCAAUCUGGCCGACGAGACAGUCGCGAAGGCAUUUGGGGACCUAGAGUCCUUCAAGCGAGAGUGGGAUAUGGAAUGCCCGCGAGCAACAGAGCGACUACGUAUUGGUAUACCGGCAACCGUGGAACAGGGACCGUCGCAGAAAGCAACACAACAGGGUGACUCUGCGGAUGCCACCUUAGUAGUGAAUGCGACUGAGAACUUCAUUACACUACUCGAUGCUAUCAAGAUUGGCCUGGUUGAGAAAGAUACAUUGCAUCCCCUUCUUGUGGAAAUUAUCCAAGCUGUCAACAAAGUCACAGACAAGGAUUUCGAGAGCAAAGGAAAGAUUGUACAGUGGCUCAUUACCCUGAACCAGAUGAGAGCGGCCGAUAAACUUAACGACGAUCAAGCGCGCGAGUUCCAGUUCGAUAUGGAGCAGGCAUAUUAUGGUUUCAAAGGCACAUUGAAAAGAGAUUGA